GACGGGCGGCGGCUGCUGAGGUGGAGGCGGAGGGAGGCGGCGGCGGCGGCGAAGGAGGCGGCGGCGGCGGCGGAGGGGGGAAGAUGGCGGCGCCCGUCCUGCUGAGAGUGUCUGUGCCGCGGUGGGAGCGGGCGGCCCGGUAUGCAGUGUGUGCCGCCGGGAUCCUGCUUUCCAUCUACGCCUACCACGUGGAGCGGGAGAAGGAGCGGGACCCCGAGCACCGGGCCCUCUGCGACCUAGGGCCCUGGGUGAAGUGCUCCGCCGCCCUUGCCUCUAGAUGGGGCCGAGGAUUUGGUCUUUUGGGUUCCAUUUUUGGAAAGGAUGGAGCAUUAAACCAGCCAAACAGUGUCUUUGGACUUAUAUUUUAUAUACUACAGUUAUUACUUGGCAUGACAGCAAGUGCAGUUGCAGCUUUAAUCCUCAUGACAUCCUCCAUCGUGUCUGUAGUAGGGUCUUUGUACCUGGCCUACAUUCUGUACUUUGUGCUGAAGGAGUUUUGCAUCAUCUGCGUCAUCACAUACGUGCUGAACUUCAUUCUUCUUAUCAUCAAUUACAAACGACUAGUUUACUUGAACGAGGCCUGGAAACGGCAACUGCAGCCCAAGCAGGACUGACAGCCUGAUGAACUCUUACCUGACAGUCCCAAGUCCCUUUUUCCAUUAAGUUAAUUUCGCAGCAUUUUUUUUAUUCUUCACAACAGACACUUUCCCUAAGAAUCUUAAACUGAUUUUUUAAAAUCUUGUAAAUUAGAAGGGUAUUUUCUGUGUCAAUCUUCAUUUUAAAUAUGGAUACAAAAAAAAGCAUACGCCGAGCCAAUCAAAGACAAGCUUUAACUUUACUUUGAAGAUGUUUCUGAAAUAAUUAAAUGUAGCCCUCCGUUGUAAAGUGAGCAACCAUUGCUAAUAACUCUACAAUGUGUAUAAAUUCAAUUUCAGGUAUAACAGAUGUGAUCAUGACAUGAAAAUAUUUUAGAAUAGAUACUGUAUUAAGUAUUGCCAUGUUUACAAUAUGUAAUAUGUUUUUAGCCAAUGGAUUUAAACAUGUAGAUUCAACUAGAAUUCAUUUCUGUGAUAUUUGUAAAUAAAGGUAGAAAUAUUGGAUCCAUCCCUGCAGAACUUGCUGUACAGUUGAGUUGAAGUGUAACAACGAAGAGUUGUCAGCUCAACACUGACUGAAGAAAAAGUGAAAAUAGUUAAGUGCAUACAGAGUCUUGUGAAAAGUACUGAGAGCUGUGGGUCCAGGAUUGACAGCAAAAAUAAUAGGGUAGUUGGUUCCCUUUUAUCUCCUUCCUCUUCAAGGAAGAAAUUCCUUGGACAUUCAAGUCAAACUUGUGUCUAGUCAUAAAACUGGAUCAGUUCUACCUUACAGAGUGAGUCAUGUGACCAAACCAUCAAGUCCAAGGCCUUCAGGACACUAAAGAUGGGGAAAUGGGUACAUUUCUUUGGAGAAAAGCUGGAAAUAUAUGGAAUUUUAAGGUAAAGCCUCUUACAACAGUAGAAUUUUAUUUAGAUCUUUUUCCUUAACAUUGGUGCCAAACAAACAGUAUUAUGGCUUUGAAAUAAUCCGUAUAAGCCCAGUCGUUCCAGAGUAGGAUUGCUCUUGGGCAGCUCUGUGUGUUUCCUGUUCCUUUCUGCACUAACUAAUCGGAUUUCUAACUUAAUUGUUUUAGAGUAAAAUAUUGGAUAUGUAAACUUUAGGGCUGAUAUGCUGCUCAGUUUGCUUAAUCGGGAGGACUUCAGGUAGAAAUACCUGAAGGUGAAAUACUAAUGUUGUCACUACUCUUUCUAAUAACUAUACAAGGGCAGAAUUUUUUAAAGUGAUUUGAAUAAACCCAAAUAAAAUUGUGACAGUAUGCUUCUAAGGUUAACAUAUCGAAAUGUUAAAAGUGCCUUCUGUCUUAAAUCGCAAACCAAAUAUUUUCUGUUGAACUUGGGCAGAAGUGUCCUUCCUUCCUUUCUUAGCAUGAAGUAGAUAACUUGCAUUCAAUAUACAGGUUCUGUAUGAUCAAUUUAGUCCUUAGAUUGAGAAUUAGUAGCAAUAAUUUUGCUUUCAAUUUGAUUAAUCAUUAUAUUAAAAAUAGACCGGUAAUUUAAGUGCUGUAUUUGCCUUUUUGAAGGAGGGGACAGGCUCUGCUCUGUAAACGUAUGUGUAGAGUCAGCAACUGUUUCCAACUAACUGUCAUAAUUGAUGCAAUGUAUUCUUCUGGUCCAAGGCAGGUAUAAAAUCUGAAUUGUAAUGAACUAUUGAAUUUAAACCAGUUUUGUAAAAAGAGAGCUUAAUUCAGAUUUCAUCCAGGCUGAUGUUUUCCCAUGAAUGUGAAUAUUUCAAUGCCUGUUUUAUUAUGUAUGUAUUGUUCUUAUUUCUGUAGUUAAAGAACUCUAGAAAGCAUUGAUUAGAUGCCUCGUGUGGAUGGAGAAACAAGUCCUGAUAUUGAAAUGAACUGUACAAUGAGGUCGCGUCACAGUGCUUCCAGUUCUACGAGCCGUUUACUGCUUCUCUUUUCCCAGCUACAGUGGCAAUGGCUCAACGGUUAAGACUUCUGUGGUAUAUACAACACUGGUCGUGCUAAAGUUCCUCGUGUCCCAAUUUAAAAUGUGGUGGGGUUUUUUACCGUCAUAUUUUGUAUUAAUCAGCAGAGUAUAGUUAAAGCUUGUCUUGAUAUUGCCCUCUUGAAAAUAUUUGUCUUCAACUCAAAGAGAAAAUGUAAAAAUGUUCAGCCAGACCCUUCAAGUUUUUCCUUCGUUGUCCUAAGCCUGGGGGGAAACACCACUGGUUCAGUUGUAUUAAAAAAUGGCCACAUUCCUAUGACCCAGAACUAAUCACCUUUUUCUCACUGAGCGAUACACACGUGCUGCCUGUACUACAGCUCAUAAUGCCUGCCGACACCUCAGUAAGCAGCAGGGCCCUGCUGGGUGCUAUUGGGUACUUGUGCCCUGGAAGAGUGUGGGCUCCCUCUACAUCCUCUAUGUCACCCCGGAAGAGGCGGAAGAUACCAUGUUUUAAAAUUCCAGUAUUGUUAUGACUAUUUUAAAAUUAUUAGCCACCAACAUUGAAGAACAGAUUAGAGGAAAAAACUGAAUUCCUGUUUUUGGUUUCUUGAUUUUUGAAAUGAUUUGUAAAUGCAGCCUCUUAUUAACUUGACAGUCACAUCAUUUGAAGAAAUAAGAGAAGAAGUGGUUAGAUGAUACAUUUUAGGGAAGCUAGGUGGUUUGGAGAACCUCAUUUGGUGUUUCAUUACAGCUAGGUGCUGUCACUAAGGGUAAACUUAUGGUGAAAUGACUCAGGUUUAACUAGCUGUGUGCCAGGGAUUACUUUUACUUGAUGUAUGUAGCCUCUCCUGAAAUCCAUUACUUUUAAAGAGGUGAAAGCAGUGACUAUUUGCAUUCUCAGCAACAAAGAUCUUUUGGCACAAAGUUCUUUGGACCAAUGAGGUAGGAUAGAGGACCAAGACUAUAGUGAAAUGAAAAUGAUUUGUUGCCUUUAGUUUGCUUAUAUUUCCUUUUAAGACUAUCAGCAAAAGUGCAAGGUUACCUUCAGCACUUCAUAACUUAGAUUGGUAUCUCUACCUGACACCAGGGAAUGCUGACAGAUCUUGAAAAUCAGUAUUAAACAGAUGCCAAUAAGAAACCCACUACCUUUUUUGGUAACCUAUUUGGGAAGGAGCACCUAAUAUGCAAACACUGGAAAAAUCUCUCGCUACUCAGACAUGUUAGGCAGCACUAUGACUCCUCAUCUGUGAGAACUACCCUUCAAUAAAAAAGGGGUGUGGUGUGGUGUGGUGGGAGCCCAGGCCACUUGGGUAAACAUGUUUUUGACAAAUUAGCCCAGAAAAGAUGAAAUGUUUUCUUAUAAAACUAUUAAGCAUGGCCGAAGUAUGAGGUAUAUGAUCUGUAUAGUAUGUCCCAUCAAAAAUAUUUAUUACUAGUGCUUUAAACUCCAGAGUAAACAUUCAUUUAAAAUGGAGUUCACUGGGCAGAUAUCCCCUUUAAUAUUAGAUAGGAAUAUUCUUUAUCAGAGAUUUAGGACAGUUUUGUUAACUGGUAAAAAAAAAAAUGUAAAUAUGUAAGAAUGUUUAUUUGUUGCACAUAACUCUUUUGGUAUAAAAUAAAUGUAGAAGUUACCUGUG